GGUGUUGAGGGAGGUCAACGGUGCGAGGAGACGGCAUGGGAUGGUAAGCGUGGAGGAUAAGUUGGAGGGGGUUAUGGAUCCGGAGAGGAGGGCGGCGGAGUACUUGAGGUUGAGGUUGGAGCAGGGGCAGGGGCAGAAGGUUGCUGAGAAUACUGUAGGUGAGAAGGCGAAGGAGGAAGUUGUGCCGAAACUGAAGGAGACGGAGAAGGUGGAGGUGAAAGCGAAGCCUAAGCAGGCGAGGAGGAAGCGGCACGUUGAUGAUGAAACCGAAGAGGAAGACGAAGAUGAACAGGACACGGAGGACGAAGAACAAGAAGAAGAAGACGAUGAAGCCGACUAUCGACCGACAUUGACCAGAUCAGGAAGACAAGUGAGUAAAAGGCAGAGAAGGUAAAGUCUACAUGUUAUUACCACGCUCAAACACAUCAUUCCUCCUCCCACUUCAUCUCCUCCGUC